AUGUUUGAUUUCCUUGGCUCAUGGUGGGGAACUUCGGCACCGGCCGUCGAGACGAAGGCAUACGACCCGACGGAUCCCAAGAUGAACCCACUCAACCCUGAGGGUCUGAAGCCAUGCUGCGCAUGCCCACAGACAAAGUCUGCCCGCGACGCCUGUUUCCUCAAGUUCGACUCGUCGGACGCAGACGAUAAUUGCAAGGACCUCGUGCAACAGCACCUUGCUUGCAUGCGGGGGUAUGGCUUUAAGGUGUAG